UAUUCCCCAUUUCAAACAUGGCAAAACAUACUAUUGUUUUAUCAAUCUUUGUAUCUUUAGUUUUUGCAUCACUUAUUCCAUUGGUAUGCGAUGCUACUGAAAGUGGUGAAAAAAGUAGUAAACUUUACAUUGUGUACAUGGGCUCACUUCCAAAAGGAGAAUCAUAUUCCCCAACCUCUCACCAUAUCAACUUGUUGCAACAUGUCAUUGAUGGUAGUGGUGUAGAAAACCACUUAGUGAGAAGUUACAAUAGGAGUUUCAAUGGUUUUGCUGCCAUACUCAAUGAUCAACAGAGGGAAAAACUUGUUCGAAUGAGAGGUGUGGUCUCAGUUUUUCCAGACCAAGAAUUUCACCUUCAAACCACAAGGUCGUGGGACUUCCUUGGACUUCCUCACUCAUUCAAAAGGGAUCAAACUAUUGAAAGUGAUUUAAUGGUUGGAGUCAUAGAUAGCGGAAUAUGGCCCGAGUCUAAAAGUUUCAAUGAUAAAGGUCUUGGUCCAGUCCCAAAGAAGUGGAGGGGAGUUUGUGCAGGUGGUAGUGACUUCAAUUGUAACAAGAAGAUCAUCGGAGCACGAUUUUACGCUGAUGGAGAUGUGAGUGCAAGAGAUAUAGUUGGUCAUGGAACCCACACAUCAUCAAUAGUAGGUGGACGUGAGGUGAAAGGUGUGAGCUUUUAUGGUAUUGCAAAAGGCAUUGCACGAGGUGGAGCUCCAUCUUCAAGGAUCGCCACAUACAAAGUUUGCAACAGGCGUUGUAGCGGUUAUGCUAUAUUAGCAGCAUUUGAUGAUGCCAUUGCUGAUGGAGUUGAUGUCAUUACUAUCUCAAUGGGUUUCCCUAAUUCCAUUGAAUUUUUGAAUGAUACUAUUGCAAUUGGUUCUUUUCAUGCCAUGGAGAAGGGAAUACUCACAGUGCAAGCUGCAGGAAAUGGUGGCCCUAUUCCAAGUACUGUUUCUAGUAAAGCACCUUGGUUAUUUAGUGUUGCUGCAACUACCAUAGAUCGACAAUUCAUUACUAAGAUGAUUCUUGGAAAUGGAAAGACAUAUCAAGGUAAGGCAAUUAAUACUAUACCUUCAAAUGGCACUAAAUUUCCACUAGUUGUGUGCAAUUCUCAAGCUUGCUCAGCCGGAGGAAAUACAUUUUCUCCUGAAAAGUGUAAUUACAAAGACAAAAAGAGGGUGAAGGGUAAGCUUAUUUUGUGUGGAUCACCAUUAGGUCAAAUACUGACUUGGGUGAGUGGUGCAGUUGGUUCAAUCCUUAACGUGUCACACAUUGAAUUUGAUACUUCAGUUGUCAGUAAGAAGCCUACACUUAACUUGGAAUCAAAAAACUAUUUUCAAGUUCAAUAUUACACAAAUUCGACUAAAGACCCUAUAGCUGAAAUUUUAAAGAGUGAGAUCUUCCAUGACACGAAUGCUCCGAGAGUUGUCAGUUUUUCUUCUCGUGGCCCAAAUCCUUUUGUUCCAGAAAUAAUGAAACCAGAUAUAAGUGCCCCAGGAGUGGAAAUUCUUGCUGCAUAUUCACCUUUAGCGCCACCCACAUUGGAUAUAAGUGAUAAAAGAAAAUUUAAAUACAACAUAUUAUCCGGAACCUCUAUGGCAUGCCCUCAUGUUGCUGGAGUUGUUGCAUAUGUGAAGUCAUUUCAUCCUGAUUGGUCACCUGCAGCUAUAAAAUCUGCUAUCAUGACAACAGCUACACCAAUGAAAGGUACUUAUGAUGAUUUGGUUGGUGAGUUUGCUUAUGGGUCGGGGAAUAUCAAUCCACAACAAGCCAUUCACCCUGGACUUAUUUAUGACAUUACAAAGAAAGAUUAUGUAGAAAUGCUCUGUAACUAUGGUUUUGAUGGUGAAAAAAUUAAACUUAUUAGUGGAGAUGAUUCAAGUUGUCAUGGAUAUUCUAAAAGAUCAUUGGUGAAAGAUAUAAACUAUCCUGCAAUGGUUAUUCCGGUACGUAAGCAUUUCAAUGUACAUAUUCAAAGAACAGUCACAAAUGUUGGACUUUCUAACUCAACGUACAAGGCUAUUCUCAACCAUCAUAAUCCAAAAAUCAAGAUUAGAGUGGAACCAAAAUGUCUCUCAUUCAAAUCAUUAAAUGAGAAACAAUCCUUUGUUAUCACUGUUUUUGGAAGAAUAAAAUCAAAUCAAACUGUGUUUUCUUCAUCACUUGUUUGGUCAGAUGGAAUUCACAAUGUUAAGAGUCCCAUCAUUGUACAAAUAUUAUCUUCAUAGAUGAUCAUGUUAUUGUCAUGGAAAACUAAAUAAAUGAUUAAUGAUGAUUCUUGAAUUAUUGAUUCUCUCUA